AUGGGUCUUGCUGGUCCAGCUGCUGGUCGAAACUUGCAGUAUCUCAACAUUAGUUCAGCUUCAAGAACUCAACUUGGCCGCCCUUCAUUGUUUCCUUGGUCGAGCACUUGGUCAAGACCUACAUUUUCACCUUUUUCAGUUUUCAAUUUCACGCCGCCGCCCCCCUCCCACCUCCUCCUCUUCGUCUUCCUCAAUCCUCAUUCCUCAGUUCUUCAUUCCGAUUGUGUGUCGUCCGCCGUGCGAGCCUCCCGCCUCCACCUCCUCCUGCCUCAUUUUUCUUUUUCUCUUCUCGGCUCUCGCCUCUCGCCUCUCGCCUCUCGUAUGUUUGAAUUUGGGGACAACGCAAGUCUUAAUACAACUCCUUGUCCGAGCUCAUGCCCGAGUCCAAGUCCAAGUCCAAGCAUGAAUACAGAAUCAGUAAAUAAUGUUGCUACAGGAACAGAAUUGGGUGAGAAGAGGAAAUUUAAAUCAAGAUCAGAGAAUGAUAGUUACAUGUGUCUAAUUGUGCAUUUUGUUGACAUUGAAUGGAGGUUACUUAAAAGAAUUUUAAGUUUUGGUCCAGUUCCUAAUCAUCGAGGGGAAGUGUUAGGUUUUGCUAUUGAGAAAGCUUUGUUGGAUUGGGGAAUUGAUAAAGUUUUUACUAUUACUGUAGAUAAUGCAAGUUCUAAUGGUACAGCCAUCAGUUACUUAAAGAGGAGGGUGAACAAUUGGAAGGGUAGUGUGCUCAAUGGUGAGUUCAUGCACAUGAGGUGUGUUGCACAUAUCAUUAAUUUAAUUGUGCAAGAUGGAUUGAAACUUGUGGGAGAUUCUGUACUUCGAAUUAGGCAAGCAGUAAAAUAUAUUAGGCAAUCACCUGGUAGAACUGCUAAAUUUAAAGAGUGUGCAAAUGAGGAAAAGGUUAAUUGUAAAAAACAUUUGUGUUUGGAUGUGCCUACUAGAUGGAAUUCCAUAUAUAUGAUGUUGGACACUGCUCAAAAAUUUCAAAAAGUUUUUGAUAGAUAUGAUGAAAAAGACCAAGAUUUUACACUUGAUCUUUCAAAAGAUGGUGGAAAAGGAAAGCCAAUGGAAGAUGAUUGGGAUAAUGUGAGGAAGAUGGUGCAGUUCUUAGGAUGUUUCUAUCACUUCACUUUGCGUGUUUCUGGUUCUAAUUAUGUGACUUCUAAUACUUUUUUCCAUGAAAUUUGCAUGGUGAAGGAUGUUAUUUUUUCAAUGUAUGAUGAGUAUAAAAAUGGGGGUAGACAAUUCCAAUGCAGUGGACCUAAUGGUAAAACUACCGAAGCUAGCUCUAGUUCUUCUAGUCGUAUCACUGGUAUGGACUAUGUGGUGGAUGAUGACGAACCAACAAUGAAGAUGAUGAUGGUUAUGCUAGAUAAAUUCAAGAGGCAUAGGUCAGAAAAAGAAGGUGGGGAAGGCAAAAGUGAUCUUGAGAGGUAUCUUUCUGAGGAACCUAAAGAGGGUAGUCAAGAAUUUGAUAUUUUAGGAUGGUGGAAGAUAAAUAAUCCAAGGUUUCCUAUCCUUUCACAGUUGGCACGUGAUGUUUUGGCUAUCCCCAUAGCUACUAUUGCUUUUGAGUCUACAUUUAGUACGGAAGGUCGUUUUCUUGAUUCUUUCAGGACAUCAUUGACUCCUAAGAUUGUGGAGGCUCUUAUAUGUUCUCAAGAUUGGUUGCGGAAUUCACCAUUACCAGUGAACUAUGAAGAAAGCCUUGAAGAACUUGAUAAACUUGAGAAAGAAUUUGAUCCAAUUGGCAUGGAUGAUUUAUUGGAAUGA